UUUCUACACAACUGUCCAGAUGGGUUGCAGUUGCUGUAGGAUGAUAAAAAGUUACAUCUAUGACCCCUCAGUCCCUGUAGAAGUUCCUGGUCGGAAGCGGGACCCCACCAGCAGCUCUCUAUAUCAAUCUCACCGAUUCCCAGAGGAGGCAGACCACAUUCCCAAGAAGCAGGGCUUCCACAACCUAGCAUACAGCACCCAUCCCAGCCCAACCAAACUCGACAUCGACAACAACCACAUCAACCGGCUCCAUGCUAACAUUCCAGGCGAGCAGAUCCGAUCGAGCCCAGCGGAGGGUGACCCAAGCCUUUACAUCCUCCAGCCCGAGGGCGAGGGGACGCCCAUAAAAGCCGCCCCCACCUUACGCGUCAAUCCGCCCAUACAGAACGAGCCGUUGUUGGGAACGGAACCGGGCAAGCGAGAGGACCGAUUCCGAGACUCUGGGCUGGGCGGCGGAGGCAUAACAGAUGGGACAGAGGGAUCAGAUGGAUAUCCCUAUGGACAGGAAGAUGAAGACGAGGACAGGAAGAGCAGGCUAGCCAGUACUCCGGACACGGCCGAUGAGGAGAGUGUGCUGUCUGUGGAUAAACACACCAGCAGUACGAGCCUCUCCUCAGCAGACACAAAGCUCAUGAUAGAGGACAGAGAAAAGAAAGCGUCCUCGAUCGAGAGAGGAGAGCAAGAGAGAGCGAAAGAGAUGGAUUGUGUGAGCGUCACAGACUCAAUGGUGGCAGAGGCCUUGGCCGCUCUGGAUGCGGCGACUGCGGGAGAGGAUUCUGAGUGACGUCAGGUGGCUCACUAGUUAAUGGUGACUACAUGGGAGAUUUCCAUACUCACUCUCUCACUCACCCUCUAUAUUUGAAUACAGCCAAAUAAUAGCGCUCAUGAAGCUUUCCUGUAGACAGUCUGUAGGUACUUUUAUUUUGAAUGGAAAAAAAUCAAAUGAAGCCUUGAUAACAGGAGCUGCUGCUUGUUUACACAACAAAAACAAACCACUUAUGAGACUUACUUGAGCAAAUGAAGGUCAUGGACAAACUCAAUUCUCAGACCAAACUGAAAGGACUGUUGCGUGAUUUUCCUCAGUGCUGUUGUCUACACAGCAUCAUAAUGAAAUAAGCUCCCUUUCUUAUCGUCAAAUAUUAUUUGUGACCCUGGACCACAAAACCAGUCUUAAGUCACUGGGGUAAUAUUUGUAGCA